AUGAGUGAUACAAGUCAUCCACCUUUACAAGAAUCUGGGCAUGAAAUAGACGAUGUUGAAGACAAAAGUGGCGAAGUCUUAAGUCAAUCCAGUUUGAGCUUUAGCAACAUCGAGCCUCCGUUACCUACGGUUAAGUUUAAAACUAUUGUUGAUUACAACUGGGAACAGGGCUAUUAUUAUAGCAAUACCAUUGCUGUCAAUGAGAACUUCGUUUCUUACGGAUUGAAAGGUCGUAAUGGAUUUCUAGUUAGGGUUAUAAAUCGAAAUGACAAAAAUAUUACAUUGUUACUAAAAGGAGCAAAAGCAGCAAUUGAUGAGUUAGCAUUUGCUAAUUAUUUUUCGAAUAAGUUAGCUUUCAUCGAUAAAGCCGGAAAUUUAUUCGUAAGAUUAAUUACUUUGGAAGAUGGAUCACUAAAGGAAACAUCGUUGUUGCAUAUCGAAGGCUGGAAUACUUCUAAAUCUAGCAUUAAUCGUCUAAUUUGGAAUCAAUCACUGUAUGAAAAUACUUGCACGGAAGUCGACAAGCCAGGCGAAAUAUCAGCCCCAUACUAUGUAGCUAUUGCUAGCGGCAAUCAGGUCAAAGUAUUUGAUAUCACAGCUCUGAUAUCGAACAAUGUAUCUUCGAUAAAUAUAGCAGAUUUACGGAAGCACUAUGCGUGUAUUAGUGACGACAGUUGCGCAACAAUUUACGAUCUGGCGUUAACUGCCGGAGGAGAUACGUUGGCUACUGCUGGCAAUGAUGGCACUUUGAAAUUUUGGAAAAUAAGCACAUCUAAUCCAAAAGAACAAAUGUGCGUUCAUUUGCUUAGUAAACCGCACGAUGGUGCUCCUAUACAUACGCUAAAAUUUUGCGAUGAUAUUACCACUCGGGACGAUAGAUUUACCUACCCUCCUGAAGAAUCUAAUGAUGGUCAAUUAUCACCCAUUCUGCAAGUAGCACUGGAUAGGACAGCAUCAUACUUAACUCUAUCCGAUAUCAAUCGGAAGAUGCUCUACAUUCUUAAGUUACAUCAAAAUGUAGAAGAGAAUCUAGCAUCAGCAACAUCUAUUUCUGAAUUUUCGUUAGCACGAUCGAUUUUGCAGUUUUCCAUCACUAGAGCAAAGCGCCUUACUUCUGUUGAAAUGAGAGCUGAAUUAACAGAAAGUGACGAGGAUGACCUGGAAGAUGAUUUCAGAAACACUUCAUCCGUUGAUGACUUGCAUAUUCAGUCGUUAGGUAGCGUCAUAGAGAUGACGACAGUCGAUACUAGAUCUAUCCAAGACGUGAAAAUACGUUUUCAGCCUAAUCCGACGGAGCCUACUCCUUUGUCUUCCGUUACAUCAGACAGUAUCUCGAUGUUAUCUACCCAGAAUUCUAGCAUGGGUACCGUUACGCCAUUGCAAGUAAUGUCUCCUGAUGCGUUCGAACUGCCAAAGUCAGCGAAUACUAUUGAUGACAACAUAGAUAGUAUCGCUUCGUUAUCCAAGGCUCCAAAUAUAGCUACGGAGCCAAAAUCUUAUGACACAUUAGAUAGUCAAUUUGUACCCAAGGAACAACUGUCACACGGUUUAAAUGUCGAUGAAAUCUCUCGGGAAAAGGAACUUGAAACCCCUACUUCAACUCAUGAUAGUGCUAAAAAAGAUUUAAUCGAUAGUAACAUUUCAGAAUCCACAGUUAAUGAUAACGAUGAAGAAGAUGUAAUCAUAGAAGAUGACGAAAUUGGUGUUGACUAUGGAAGCGCUAUCGAUGAGCAACCAUUGACUUGCCAUGUUGCGACAAAUGCUACUACUGAUUCCAUCAAAGGUACAAUUUUGGUUCAUAAUCAUGACACAAUCAGAGAUAUUCAUUAUAUAAUUGCAUUAAUUUUGAUGUAUGAUGUAUCUCUACCAGCCGCCACAAAUGAGGAACUAGCAGAUAGAAUCAGUAGUACUACUAGUAGCAACAGCGAGGGGUUACCAUCUGCAGAGCAUGAUCACGCUAUUCACGUGCCUCCCGCAACUUCAGAUGCUACUAUGACCCCAGAUGUAUCUUUUACGCAAAGGGCAUCCGAAGUUGAUAAUCUUGCAUCUGAUGGCAAGCAGGUGGUAGAACAAUUAAAAAGCAUUAUUAUAAUGUUGAACGCCCAGAAGUCUGAAAUAAAUGACUUGAAAAAGCAGCUGAAAGAUUCUACAAGAUCCGUAGUUACUAAAACUUCCUCUACUGCAAAUAAUAUCAAUAACCGAUUAAGCAGUUUGCAAAACACUUUACGUCAAGACCGCCAACGAUUUGAUCAAUCACAACGUACUCAGCAACAGCAAGAGUAUCAACAACUCGAUAAAAUUCAAGUCAGCGUAAAUCAAGCACAAUCUAACACUGUCGGUCGAAUUGAAAAAAUUAUUAAAAAUGAAAUUAAAACGACCAUUAUUCCUAGCAUCGUAUCAAACGUCUCAUUAAUUAAAGGACAAUUGCCACGAGAUAACAAACCUUCGGAUGCUGUAGUAAAGCAAUCUAUUCGUGAUUUAUUUCUGGACAAGGCUGUCAUGCAGAGCGUCGGCGAUAGAUUGAUAUCGUCUUUAAAGCCCAAUCUUAUUAGUGCUUGCCGUGAAAGUUUUGUGAACAAUUUAGUACCAGCAUUUGAGAAAUCUUGUAUGGAAAUGAUAAAGCAGUUUGAUGUUAGCAUUCAGAAAGGAAUUCAAGACUAUUUAAAACAGACAGAAACAUAUUUAGAAAAGAGCAUACUACAACAGCAAGAGAGCACCAAAGCUGUGUUUGUAAACGAAUUUAAGAAUAUUGAGUUGAGUCUAAGUCAGAAUCAAGAUGUUAAUAGACAUAAGCAGCUAUUACAAACCAUGUCUACUAUGCAUCAAACUUUAGCGGAUGAAUUUCAGAAGCGCCUAGAUAACUUUAAAGCAGAGAUUGCAGAAUCGGUAAAGCAUAUUGUUAACGAACAACUCAAGAAUGCAGGUAGCGCUACUAACACUGCUAGUAGUACACCAACUUUGAGCCGAACAGAUAUUAUCAAGAAGGAAGUAAAGGCUUUAUGCGAUCAAGGAAAAGUUGUGGAAGCUUUCCAUAAAUUACUUGGAAGAUUGUAUAAUGGCUCUUGA